CAACUACAGUCCAACAACCCGAAAAGAAGUCUUACAGGAACAGGCGUCGCAUUCGGCUUUAAAUUGAAAACAGAAAUGGCGGGGCGAAUAUUGGUGUUGAGUAAUGUAAGCGUGCAUAUUUCAGCUUCUCUCGAUGACAAAAUUAUAACAGGAGAAUUUCAAAACGCAAAAUGAUGAUGUCGCGAAGAACAACGAGUGUUUAGCCGAAAAUGCUAAAUUCACUUCCCUGUUAGGAGUCCUUACUAACGUCACACGUAGAUAACAUUACCUGUUUUUAACCUGCGCCAUGUGUUGUAAAACGACCUUACCUCUACAACUAUAACCUUAAGGGUUGUUAUUCGCGAGAUAAAUAUACAACAACGGUGUUUUGUAAAUCUGGUGACAAAAAACAUUUCGUAACAAAUACUGGUCCACCUGCUGCGCGUGAAAAUGUCUGUCAACGGGAAAGUCAUACCUCACACCCCGCUGGCUGUAGACUUCUGGCAGAUACGGAAGUGUCCAGGCACACGGUUGUUUUUCCUGUCACACAUGCACAGUGACCACACGUCGGGUUUAACCUCCACCUGGAGCGACCGACCGAUCUACUGCUCACCAACCACAGCCACCCUGCUCAGACUGAAGCUGCAGGUGAAAGAACAGUGGAUUCAUCCUUUGGAGCUGGGGGAGCCACACAUGCUGCCUCUGGAUGACAUCAGCAAGGAGAGACUGACAGUCACACUGUUAGACGCCAACCACUGUCCAGGAGCUGUCAUGUUUCUCUUCGAGGGCUACUUUGGCUCCAUACUGUACACUGGUGACUUCAGAUAUACUCCCUCCAUGUUGCGUGAGCCGUGCUUGAGGACCAACAUCACUAUAGACGUCCUGUACCUGGACAACACCAAUUGUGACCCCAAUCGGACCCUCCCCUCUAGACAGCGAGCCACUCAACAUAUCAAAGAGAUCAUCCGCAGCCAUCCCAACCACAAUGUUGUCAUAGGCCUGUAUGCGCUGGGUAAGGAGUCCCUGCUCCUAGAUUUGGCCAUGGAGUUCAAAACCUGGAUCGAAGUGAGCUUUGAGAGGAUGGAGACCCUGAAAGCCCUAGAGCUGCCUGACGUCUUCACCACUGAUACCGGAGCCGGUCGUAUCCGUGUCGUGGCACAGUCAGCGAUCUGCUCUGCAGCUUUGCACGAGUGGAAUACAGAACAUCCCACUUUGGCCAUUUUACCCAGCAGCAGGCCCCUGGUCUCUUUUCAUCCCAAUGUCCAUGUGGUUCCCUACUCCGACCACUCCUCUUACCAAGAGCUUGAGGACUUUGUCUCAGCACUUAAACCUACCUCCAUUAUACCCAUUACAAGAAACUACAUACCUGAAAGUAUCUCUGCUUUACUGCCCAGCAAGAAGCGCCAUGAAAUCCUGGUGCCAGAGUCAGUCCAACACUACAUGAUGCCAGAGAGCACACUCAGCUCCUCAGCCUACACCAGCCUUCAUCGCAGACAUUUCAAGCCUCUCGUUCCCAAAGGGGUGAUAUUUGAUUCUCCUGUAAGGGGUUUCAGGAAUUCCUGUGAAGAAGCCUGGCAGGCAGAGAGCUUGGAGCAGGAUGCAUCGGAGGAGGAGAUGGACACAGAAGUCAGUGAAAAUGAACAUGACUGUGUCCUCAUUGACCUGAAUAAAAAAGUCCCUCCUUACAAAGACACAAGAGGGGCAGGGGACAUAUGGAGCCUCAACAUCGUCAAGACAGUGUCUGAUGAGAUGAUGGCGGCAGAGUCUGUGACACUCUGCAAACUCACACAUGUUAACAUGAGCCCGACUAACAAGAAGGCCUGCUUGAAGCCGGUCCAGACCACGAGAAAAACCAAAGACACCGAGUUAAAUGAAAACUUCUACAGUCAGUAUAAAAGACAUGAUGCUCAAAGUAAGCACACUUUUUCAGAUGGCUCUAGCGCGAGUCAGGACAGUAGAGAAGAAACUGACCAGGACGACGACAUCAUGGCAAACCACAAUUAUUCGAGUAAGCACAAUAAACAUGCAGGUGGUCAGAAUGGCAGCGAGACUCUACUGAAAAGAAGCCAGGAUAACAGUUCCUGCACAUCAUGGAGCUCAAUGACUGAGGUGCAGCAGGAGUACAUUGAGGAGCUUGAAAAAAGUAUUUUAAAGGAUCUCCAUUUUACAGAGGAGGACCUUCAGGCCUGUGGCCUCCUACCACCGGGCCUUGUGCAACAGUUUCACCUCUCUCCUGUGUAUGAUGAAAAUUAUGGUGACCUCUCGGAGCCUAAUGUGAUCUGACGUUGAAGUUGUUGCCUUGCCUAAGAGGCCUUUUUUUGUUGUGUGUUUGUGUGUAAAGUAAGCACUUUAAGUCUAAUAAUGUGUUUUUAUUUGAUACCUUCCUAGUUAUUAUUUUUUUUCUUCUGGUGCCUUCGAUUCUUCUGGACGGCCUUGCAUGUGAAGCAGUAGACGUGAUCAAAAGGUUACAGGAUUCUCCUUGAAGUUGGCCUGUCAGGUGAUGUUUGAGCCUUUGUCCUCUUUCACUAUGGUAGCUUCACCUUGGAUGUGUAAGCAGGGUAGGUUUUCUGUGAUUAAAACACAUUUUCAGUUCUAUUGCUCUUAGUGAGUGGCUGAGUUACAGUUUACGGUUGUUUGUGAUUCAUGUUUGUUAAAUUAGAUUACCACAAGAGUAAGCUAAGUACUAUUUUUUAUGUUCUUAAAGCCAACUUUUCUUCAAAAAUAAAUUGUCACUUUUUGGUCUUGAGCCUUCAGUGGUUGAGAAUGAUUCACUGUGAAUUUUGGAAUACAAACUUCUAUGUGUAAUUUGUAGCUGAAACGCUAAGAUAAAGUGUGAAAAUGCUUGAUUACAGAGUUUCUUGUGCCAAAUACCAGACCAGCGUUUUUCACAUACAGGAACUGUAAAUGUUAAACAAACUCCUGUGAUUGUCUAAACUGUAAAGCAAAUGUUUGAAAAGUUACUGUGUAAAUAAAGUUAUGUGAUUAUUGUUGAA